GUAGUUGGCUUUUUAUUACUGCACUAUUAGAUACUUAUUUUUAAAUAUUGGUGUGUAUAACAAGCUUUUUAUAAUUUGUUCGAUUUAUGUUGUGUUUGUAAGUCUUAAUUUGCGACGAUCAAAGCGCAAAGUAGACAAUGUAUUGUAAGACUUUGUUGUUUAACGGAUUCACAAGAGAAAACAUCUACGAAUGGCGGCACAAGUAUUAAUUGUGUUGCUUUUGGCAAUCAGUUGGACGCACGGUCUUGACUUAAACUCACUGGAAAAUUUCAAUUGCCGUAACCAUCAGCCGUCAACAUUUGAUAUCGAAACAAUGGAGGGUCUAUGGUAUGAGGCAGGAAGAGCGCCUGCAACCCCUGCGUUAGCCUGUCUCAAUGUUACGGUGCCAGACAGUGUGGAUAAUGGUGAUAUUGAACUAUAUCUGGAGUAUAUUGACACACAUGAUGGAUCGAAUCGGGCUGUCAAGGAGCCAAAGAAAUUUCCCUGGGAUGAUAGUGCGUCCAAAGGCAUCUUCAACGUUUACUACGGCUCAAGCAAACAACCCGUGGUCAUAUACAAAGUGGUCGUUAGCGAACCCAGCUACAUUACAGUGAUUUGCGGAUAUGGUACAACUUAUCCAUUUGCGUCCGUAAAGAUUUUCACGCGUUUACGUGAGGUUGAUAACAGCACUAAAGUAAUCAUUGAGGAACUGUUGGCAAAAUCAAGAUAUGGUAGUUUGUUUAUGUGGUCAGAGCAAUCGCCAGACAAAUGCAAUGCUGCUGCCCGGCAACUUGCAUUCGGUGUGAUUCCGAUACUCGCCUUUCUUUCCCUUCAUAUUCUGACCAAGUGCUGGAUGUGAUAAACUCAUUGUGAAAUCAUCAUUACAUAUAAAACUCAUCACGCCUCUGUAUUCUGGGAAUAUUCUCUAAAUUUGCUGUGCAUCAUUAGAUAAGCAGAGAAUAUUUUCUAAAAUGCUCUUAUAAGUUGUAAUUAGAUAGGAUAAUAAAUAAAUAAAUGCAUAGAUAUAAAUAAA